AAAAUCCCACCAAAGAAAAAACCAUUACUUCCUUUCCUUUCCACUGUAUUCCCCUCCAAAAAUAACUGUCAAAAUACUUAGUACAAACAAAAAACAAACAAACGAAUCAAAAGCCCAUCCCUCUCAAACCCCCGGCUUAAUAGUUAAUAUCCAAACACCCCCUUAAUUCCGCUUCUUCGGAAACAGCAACGACAGGCUGCUCUUGAAGGGGGGAAUUCAAGAGCGACGACGUCGUAAGGAGUCUAAUUGCCGGCAGAAAUGGCCGUGUCAGCCGCAUUCGCUGCUGCAAAGCUGGAGACUUUGUUAAUCAGCAACACGACGUCGUCAGCUGCGGCUCCCAUUGCCGCCGCUUCUCCAGCUCAGGUUGGGCUGUUUCCCAGGUCGGCUCGAGCCGCCAGGCGCUCCCUGCAAAUGUCUAGCGCCUCUGCCCUGAAUUUGAAUGUUAAUUCAACUUCUUCAUCCGUUAGAUGUGAAGUUGCUUCUGAUUUUUCCGUUGAAACAUCCGAUAAAAUGGACUUCGCCACCAAUGCGGCUUCUUCUUCCUCGGCUUCGGCUUCCAGCUUGUCCGCUCUUGAACAGCUCAAGACCUCAGCUGCGGACAGAUAUACAAAAGAAAGGAGCAGUAUUGUUGUCAUUGGGCUUAGUGUCCACACUGCACCUGUUGAAAUGCGAGAAAAACUUGCAAUUCCUGAGGCAGAGUGGCCUAGAGCCAUUGGAGAGCUGUGUGGUCUGAAUCACAUUGAAGAAGCUGCUGUUCUUAGUACCUGUAAUAGGAUGGAGAUAUAUGUUGUAGCCCUUUCUCAGCAUCGUGGCGUGAAAGAAGUAACUGAAUGGAUGUCUAAGACUAGUGGAAUCCCUGUUUCAGAGAUUUGUAAGCAUCGUUUUCUACUCUAUAACAAGGAUGCUACACGGCAUAUCUUUGAAGUAUCGGCAGGUCUCGAUUCUUUGGUGCUAGGAGAAGGACAAAUUCUAGCUCAGGUCAAACAAGUAGUAAAAGUUGGUCAAGGGGUCGUGGGAUUUGGGAGGAACAUCAGUGGGCUGUUCAAGCAUGCAAUCACUGUUGGAAAAAGGGUUAGAACUGAAACAAACAUUGCAGCUGGUGCUGUUUCUGUUAGUUCAGCUGCUGUAGAAUUGGCUUUAAUGAAGCUUCCUGAAUCCUCCCAUGCUACUGCUAGGAUGUUGGUAAUAGGAGCAGGAAAGAUGGGUAAGCUUGUGAUCAAGCACUUGGUUGCAAAAGGAUGCACAAAGAUGGUCGUUGCAAACAGAAGUGAAGAUAGAGUUUCUGCCAUUCGGGAGGAGAUGAAGGACAUUGAAAUAAUCUACAAGCCCCUCGGUGAAAUGAUGGAGUGUGCUGCCCUAGCAGAUGUUGUUUUCACCAGUACUGCAUCAGAAACUCCUUUAUUCCUAAAAGAGCAUGUCACGGAUCUUCCACCUGUUGAUCCCAGAGUUGGGGGUUUGAGGCUUUUUGUGGAUAUAUCUGUUCCUAGGAAUGUGGGAGCAUGUGUCAAUGAGAUUGAGGCUGCAAGGGUGUACAAUGUGGAUGAUCUCAAGGAGGUCGUGGCUGCUAAUAAAGAGGACCGUCAUAGGAAAGCAAUGGAAGCUCAAGCAAUCAUUGCUGAGGAAUCAAAACAAUUUGAAGCUUGGAGGGACUCCCUAGAGACAGUUCCAACUAUUAAGAAACUGCGAGCAUAUGCCGAGAGAAUUAGAGCUGCAGAGCUGGAGAAAUGCUUGUCAAAGAUGGGUGAUGACCUUCCAAAGAAGUCAAGGAGGGCUGUUGAUGAUCUUAGCCGCGGCAUAGUUAACAAGCUUCUCCAUGGUCCCAUGCAGCACCUGAGAUGUGAUGGUAGUGACAGCAGGACUUUGAGUGAGACAUUAGAGAACAUGCAUGCUCUAAACAGAAUGUUCAACCUUGAAACUGAAAUAUCUGUGUUGGAGCAGAAGAUUCGUGCUAAGGUUGAGCAAGCUCAGAAGUAAGCUCCUUAACUUUUAUAAUGCUUUUUAGGGCCACAAGGCUCAAUAAGAGGGGAACUACUCAGAUUUUCUUCGCGUGGCGCUGUUGUAUAUUGUUGUUGAAUAGGUAAACAGGGAAAGGUUCUUUAGGGAUCUUUCUCAGUUAUUCUUUGCUGUUCCAUGUUUCGGCAUACCUGCAAUUGCGGAUCUCUCAAUUGUAUCGAAUCCCAUUGUAUGAACACUCUAAAAUAUCUCGGUUAAUAUCAAGUGAGCUUGAUAUAGGCCAGAGGGUCCGUACCUGAUGCUUGCCUACACAUUUUAAGAUGAUGUGCUUCCUGUGUAACUAAUGUUCUAAAUCUGCAUUUUCUCUUCAUACCACUUGUAGCCCGGAUUUAUUUUGUGAUCUAUUCUCACUCCCAUAAGAGAGUUGCCAGAAA